GUACUGGAGCUGAGCUGAGGAAGACGGAGCCUCACUGCUGACUGCUCCACAAUAGCGGCUCUGGCUCUUUCUUCACAACUUUUGCCGUGUUUUUGGCUACCAUGGCCGUGGCCGAGAGAUUCGGCAGGACGUGUGUAGUUGCUAUUGCGCUUCUGGCCACUGUAUUACAAGUCACUGGGAAUGAAGAGUCACAGUUAAUUGCUGAUAAGUUUAAGAACUACAGUAAAAAUAUUCGACCAGCAAGACAUGCAGAUGAAAAAGUUAAGGUUCAGGUCAAGUUAACUCUCACCAACCUCAUCUCCUUGAAUGAAAAAGAAGAGACUUUAACUACAAAUGUUUGGAUUGAGAUUCAGUGGCAUGAUUAUCGUCUUGCGUGGAACACAUCUGAGUAUCAUGACAUUGAGCAAAUUCGUGUGCCAUACUACACAGUGUGGCUACCAGACAUAGUAUUGGAAAACAACAUUGAUGGCAAGUUUGAUGUGGCAUACUACGCUAAUGUGCUGAUUUCAUCUGAUGGCUCCAUGUACUGGCUUCCCCCUGCUAUCUAUCGCAGCACCUGUGCUAUUGAAAUCACCUACUUCCCUUUUGACUGGCAGAACUGCACACUGGUCUUCAGGUCUCAGACAUACAGUGCAAAUGAGAUUGAUAUUGUACUGGCAGAAGAUGAGAACGGAAAGCCUAUUGAGUGGGUGGACAUUGAUCCUGAGGCUUUCACAGAAAACGGUGAGUGGGCAAUCAAGCACCGGCCCGCCCGAAAGCUGACAAACCAACGCUACUCUCCAGAUGACCUGGAGUACCAGGAGGUAUAUUACAACAUCAUAAUCCAGAGGAAACCGCUUUUCUACGUCAUCAACAUCAUCCUGCCCUGCUCUCUCAUCUCCUCUCUGGUCGUUCUUGCCUAUUUUCUACCUGCAAAAGCUGGCGGGCAGAAGUUGACUGUGUCCAUUUCUGUUCUUUUGGCUCAGACUGUGUUUCUCAUCCUGAUUUCUCAGAAAAUACCAGAAACGUCACUGUCUGUGCCUCUUAUUGGCAAGUAUUUAAUUUUCGUGAUGUCUAUGACCACACUCAUUGUGACCAACUGCAUUAUUGUGCUCAACUACUCCCUCCGCAGUCCCAGCACACACAACAUGUCCCAGAGCAUCAAGCAUAUUUUCCUAGAAGUGGUCCCUCGUUAUCUUGGCAUGGCCCCCUUUGUGGAUGAGGGGGACCAGGGUGGGGUGUAUGAAAUGAGGGAGAGGCGACGGAGUUCAUUUGGGCUCAUGCAGAGGGCUGAGGAAUAUGUUCUGAAACAGCCACGCAGUGAGAUGAUGUUUGAUAAACAAAGAGAGAGACAUGGACUCAUGCGCACAAUUGUGGAUGAAAUUGAUGUGAGCAGUACCGCAAACCUCUACAAGAGUCUGGCAAAGACGGCCCCAGAAAUAAAAGAGUGUGUGGAUGCCUGUAACUUCAUUGCUGAAUCCACCAAGCAGCAGAAUGACACUGGAUCUGAGAUGGAGAGCUGGGUGCUGAUUGGUAAGAUGAUUGACAAGGUUUGUUUUUGGGCGGCCAUCUCUCUUUUCUCUAUUGGCACCAUUGCUAUCUUCCUCAUGGGUCACUACAACCAAGCACCUGAGUACCCAUUUGCUUGGGAGAACAAAAAGUAUGUGCCUGAGUAGUGCUCUGAAAACUGGACAGAUUUUUAAGUAAGUCAGUCAGUAAGUUUUAUAGCUUGGGUUAGAGUACAGCAAGCUGCACAUGAUGUGAACAAUAUCAUCUGACUUGAUAUAUGAUUUUGUCUUAUAUUUAAUAUUAGGGUCUAUGGGUGUUGCAUGUCUAAACUUUUUUGUACUAAUUAUUAUUUAUACUACUGGGGUUUUUACAGAAAUGUACAUUUUUUUUCAAACAUUACAAAAACAUUAUUUUCAAACAUUCAUUCGUUCAUUUUCUUUUCGGCUUAGUCUCUUUAAUAAUCUGGGGUCGCCACAGCAAAAUUAACCGCCAACUUAUCCAGUGGUACAGAUGUGAAAUAGUUGUCCGUUUCAAAUGGUACUAAUUUAUUUACGCAGCGGAUGCCCUUCCAGCUGCAUCCAUCUCUGGGAAACAUCCGUACACACUCAUUCACACACAUACACUAUUUUCAAACAUGAGAAAAUAUACUAAGGAAUUCACCUUAUUUCAUACAAAAUAGUGACCUUUCAGUUUGCUGUGGCUGCAUUUUAUAAUCCCCCAGCAAGUUUUACCAUCUCUUUUUGCAGUGUGCUAUUAAACCAGUGUGUUAUGUCAGCCACUUUUGAUUUAUAAAAUACAGUAGUAUUUAGCAUUAGUAUUAAAGAGAUGCAUACUGAUUUUUGUUUGUUCUAUGUAUUUAUUUAUUGUACUUCAAUUUUACACAUGCAGUGUUCAUCCAAUUUAUUAUUAACUAAUACUUUUGUGGCCUAUUUGCAGUAAAUAAAUAGAUUUUCUUAAUUCACACUGUCUUAAGAUAUGCACUGCAAAACUUAAAACCAGAAAUUGUAAGAACAUGUUUAAAACGUGCAUUAGGCAAUGUGCUGUUCUGCCUUUUCUAUAUGUACCAGAAACAAAGGAUGAAAUAAAUCAAGUAUUUAAAGUAAAAA